CACCCCCGGGGGCGUGCCGGAGGCGGGGCCUGGGGCGCGCGCGCGCGCCCGGUACCGCGGCUGCGCCUUGCCCGCGCUGCCCGUCGCCGCCGCCGCCGCCGCCAUGGACAGCGACGAGGAGACGCUGGAGGAGAUCGUGGAAGGGCAUCUAGAUGAUGAUGGGCUGCCACAUGGAUUCUGUACAGUAACCUAUUCAUCAACAGACAGAUUUGAAGGAAAUUUUGUACAUGGAGAAAAGAAUGGCCGUGGGAAAUUCUUCUUUUUUGAUGGCAGCACCCUGGAGGGAUACUAUGUUGAUGAUGCCCUGCAAGGCCAGGGAAUCUACACCUACGAGGAUGGAGUGGUCCUUCAUGGCACCUACGUGGAUGGGGAGCUGAACGGCCCAGCCCAGGAGUACGACAGUGAUGGGAGGCUGAUAUUCAAAGGGCAGUACAAAGACAACAUCCGCCAUGGAGUCUGCUGGAUUUAUUACCCGGAUGGAGGCAGCCUUGUGGGAGAAGUGAAUGAAGAUGGGGAGAUGACUGGAGAGAAAAUAGCCUAUGUGUAUCCUGAUGGAAAGACUGCAUAUUCUGGAAGGUUCAUAGAUGGAGAAAUGAUAGAAGCAAAACUGGCAACUCUGACAGCUGUUGAGGAUGGGAAACCUCAGUUUGAAGUAGUACCAGGCAGCCCAGUAUACAGUUUUGACAAAUCUACUUCAUCCUGCAUUUCUACAAAUGCCCUUCUUCCUGAUCCUUAUGAAUCAGAAAGGGUGUAUGUGGAUGUCUCUCUCAUUUCCAGUGCUGGAGAAGGAUUGUUUUCAAAAAUAGCAGCAGAAGCCAGUACCGUGAUGUCCUUCUACAAUGGAGUGCGAAUUACACACCAGGAGGUAGACAGCAGAGACUGGGCCCUCAAUGGAAAUACAAUAUCCCUGGAUGAUGAAACUGUUAUAGACGUGCCAGAGCCCUACAACCACGCUGCCAAGUACUGUGCCUCGCUGGGGCAUAAGGCCAACCAUUCCUUCACUCCUAACUGCACCUAUGAGCCGUUUGUUCAUCCUCGUUUUGGGCCCAUCAAGUGUAUCCGUACCAUCAGGGCUGUGGAGAAGGAUGAGGAAUUGACAGUGGCUUAUGGGUACGACCACAACCCUGUGGGGCAGAAUGGGCCUGAAGCACCAGAGUGGUACCAGCUGGAACUGAAAGCUUUCCAGGCUGCCCAGCAAAAGUGACAUGGGAGCACCUUCUCCAUUCAGCAAACUGAAACAGAAACUUGGAUCUAUGCACUACCUUUAUACUGAAAACUGGACAACCAGGGAUUGUUCAUGCUGUUGCAUCAUAACCUUGCAUUCUGUGUUAAGAGAUAAGUUCCUUGGAUACUAACUAGGUUUGACUGUGUUAAUCAUAGCAGAUUUAAAAAUUAGCUAGCAUUGCACCAGUCUUAUCUGAAGAAAUUAUUUAAUAUUCUAUACAAGAUGUGGUAUUCUUUGGUAGCUUCUGCUUUUGCACCAUAUGCAAAGAUGCCAAAAGACUAGAAAGAAACUAAAAUGGAUGUAUCGUUCACUUCUAGUGGCAGACUUAGUGUUGCUCUAUCUGCCUAGGCAUUAUUGUGCAACUGCAUUUUGCAUAUAUGCCACUUGUGAUGAUAACAGUAAUAUUUUGAUAUUCUCUAAUAGUAGCAUAAUUUUGCCUUUUUAAACCUUUGAUCUGAAUCUUGCAAUAGAGCAGUUUAUUUAUUAGCAUAUAGGAGGCUGGGUUUUAACUCUCCUUUCCUCUUGUCUGAACGUUGUUCUUUCUACAAAUCUUUUGCAGGAGAAAAUCCUUUCUAACUAGUGGAAAGGCUUGUGUGUGUAUGUGAGAGUGCUGUGUGUUGGUCUCUGUGGCUCUCUAAAUAGUAUAGCAACAUGUCUAAACCUAAUAUUUAUCUAGCCUGUACGGCUGGCUUAUUUUGUUUAAUUUAUUAUUAUGACAUGCAAACGAAGCUGUUCUUUGCAUGAAGAUUUUGUGAAAAGGAGAAAACAGAUUUGCUGUUGAAAGACUUCCAGAAGUACACGUUCUGGAAGGCAAGCACAUUACUUGCAUCAGUGUUCAUGAGUUGGUUUGUGUAUUUCACCUGUUCAAGUGGUCAGUUCUCAAGGCAAGAGAUGCUUGGAUCUCCCGUGGGUCCUCUGAAAGGAGGUGCAUGUAUCUGGGGGCAGACUGUAGUCCUUGGUGAAGGAGAGCUGUAUCUUUUCUGUGUGUUCACUUGACAGAACAACAUAGCCUUAUAGCCAUCUUUUAGUAGUUCUGGUUUAUGACACAGCGAAAUAUUAUAAUAUGAGGUAUCAAAAUAAGAUUUUUUUAGAAAAAGAAAAUAUAUUAAAAGAUUGUUUUUGAAAGACAAACAAUGAAUGUAAAAACAUCUCUCGUUGCUCAUAUUUAUAAGCAGCAGUCAAUCCAUAGCUUUGUUGCAGCCAGCAGUGGGGGCUUGUGAAUAUUCAUCUGCAGGGCUAUGUUCUGGGGUUUUUCAGGGGUGGGGAAAUGUGUGGUUUUUCAGAUACUGUACCAGUCUUGCCUAAUGCUGUAUAAGAGAGAAAUAAUGUAUUGUCUUGGUCUGGAUACUGGAGCCUUUCCGGGACUCUAAUGUUCUCUUUUGGGUUUAGCAGCUUAGGAGAAACUCAAAAUGCAUUUGCAACACUUUCUUUUAAAUGUUUGUAGUUUUAAAAAGUUUGUAUAUAUGUAACAUAAAUGAUUUGGGAAUCAGAACUACCUUUCUAUUGCAACACAUUUUGGUUGCUUGUUUGAACUCUUGGAGGUGUCUGGCUAUCUGGGGAGCUGGGCAGGGAGAAUGUGUUGGGUGCCUGCAAGGUAGAAGGAUGAGGCUGCUGUUAUGUGCAGUCUGAGAAUCCUUGCUUUGGUACCCGAGCGAAGUUAGGAAUUACUCACAAGAACCUGGGGCUCUCUUUAGUCCCUGUGGCUGCUCACAAACAUUUCCCAUCACCUCAUCAUUUCAGUUUGCACAGAAGCUGCUCUGUGCAUGUGCUGGGGCGGGGGACAGGCAGGCUCAGGGUAUUGUGACACUGUCUGAUCUGCACAUGAGCUGUGACACCCCCUAUCUCCUCGUGCUGGACACUCAGGCUGCAGCUCCACGUCUCAUCCACGGCAGAGGUGACAGCUCAGGGACUCACCUGGGUGUGCAGACACACAACUAACCUCACAGGUGAGGGAGAGUUGGCAGAGGUCAGUCAGCUGCUCAACUUCAGUAAAUGAUUCUCAAAAAAUGCAUGACUUCAUCUUUCCCUACCUGCCUGUGUUACAUGGGUCACAUCCACUUGCAGGAAAGCCCCUGGUAGGGAGCUCUUACGUGUAUCUCGGGAAUUAUUGUGCCAGGAUAAUGAAGUUUGCAAAGCUGGGGCAGUUGAGUUUAGGUGCAGGAAAGAGCAGAGGAAAGAUGUGGCUGAACCCUGCUGGGAAAGGAUGGUAACUCCUUCCACAAUCUUGAUAACCUGCUUUGGACUGCUGGCCUCUCUGUGCUCACUGGGGAAUUGUGCUUAAAAUGUUCUGAUCUCUAGAGCUCCUUUGCCUUCAUUUCAGUCUCUGAUUCCUCUGCUAAUCUGUGCGGAGUUGCUCAUGUUGUAAUAGAUUUGUCAGUCUUCAUAUUGCCUGAUAUUGAGAUAAAUAGAAUAUAGGUGCUCUUUGUGCAUCAGGCUUGAAGAUUGUAUAUCCUAAAAUAGGGAAAUUCUAGGGAAAAAAAAGGCACUGAGGUGUCCUGUGGCUUCUCAAAAAACUUCGUGAGAGUCAAGCAGAUUCUUUUGUACAUGUGUGUAGCCUGGUAGGUAGCAUGCCACAUCUGUGGCUGUUGUCUCUGUUACCUCUGCUUCCUCAGCUCUGUAAAAUCUGUUGGUCCUUCUAUAGCUCCCUUCUUCAGCGACCAACCUUCUAGAAAAGUUGUGACUACG